CUUAGAGAAUCUUUAGAGGCUCAGAGGACCUUGAUCUCAUUCUGAGGCUUCACCAGAGCUUUAGAGAAGAAACUCUGGGAUUCGUGUUUAACUAGUGUAACUGGAAUACAGUGAUAAUGCCUUCCACAAAGAAGACUCUGCAUUUCAUGUCCAGUGCUUUGGCUACAUCUAUAUCUGUUGGGCUGAUUGGAUAUGGCAUGUCAGCGCAGUGGGUUAAGACAACCAUGGAGUGCGCACAAGAGAAUUCUGACUACUACAAUGGAUCUGCUGUGAUCACCUUGACCCUUUUUGAUGGAAUAAUAGAGAGAGCCUCCUGCCCCCUGUUUGGAGCUACAGAUAAAUUUCAAGUGAUUCCUACAUUGGCAGGAAGAGAAAUUGCUUCAGUAGUCCUACAGGGUCUGGUUAUAUGCCUUCUUGCCCUCUGUCUGCUGUUUUCGGCAUGCAGCAUCCUCAUCUCUCUCUACAACAGCGUCAGCAAUCCUUAUGAAACCUACAUGGGGCCUGUUGGAGUCUACAUCUGCAGCUCUCUCAGUGCAUGCUUGUCUGUGAUAGUCCUCAUCCUGUUUGUGGUGAACGUCACUGCGACCAAUAUGGCAGAAACCUUUGUAGAAAAGUAUACUGAGGGUGUUCCAGUAAAGCUGAAGGGAAAGGCUUCAGAGAUGCAGGUAGGAUAUUACCUGGUCAUCCCUUACACAGUGCUCUCUCUCAUUGCCAUCGCCUUGAUCUACACAUAUGAACAUGCAGCCUACACACGCAAAAAAGAGCAGCAGAAGCCUACAGAGGAUGCACCCAUGGACUUAACAAUGUAUUAGUGCAACAGAGACCAUGAAGUUUUCAAUGGCACUGAUAUAUUAAAGACUUUCUCAAGAAACCUACUGUAAUGAAAGAUAACCGACUGUGGUUAUACACAGUAAAGUCUGGAUACACGGUAAAGCCUUGUUCAUUGUAUAAUAGAUUUAUAAUAUUUAGGAAUUGUCUGGUCGGAUCAAGUACCUUACACUUAAAUGUCAUGUUUUCCUGUUAUCUCGUUAUGAGCAACAGUUAUGUAAUUUCAGCAUUGUGAUCAAAUUUGAUAUCAAGGUAUGACAGUGCAAAGUGUUUGCUGAUACAGUAAAAAUAUUACCAUGUAGAUUUCUUUUCAUUCAUAUGUUUUUGACAUGAAAUUCCAUUCUUAAAAAAUAACUAUUUAUUCUGUGUUUUUUUUUUUUUUUUUAGUUUUGUGUAAUCUUUUUGGAUUAAAUUUACCAAUUUAGUUUGUUCUUUCUUUAAAAAAAAACCUUAUGGUAAUAUAAUCAUCACAAAACAUGCUUUACAGAUCGUCAGGCAGACAAAACCUCAAUGACUUUACUGUGUUCUGUGUCCAUUAACAUCAGCUCGCAAAAUAAAACAUAAGAAAACAUGAAUAAAGUGAUGAGAUUGGGUUGGUUUUAUUUGAAAAAA